AUGUCUAAUGCUGUCUUUUCCUCUUGUCCAGUCUAUCUUCCUCAUACAAGAAGGCAUCUAGGUAGUCUCUACCGUUCAAUAAGGUGUCAUGUCUUUUCGGGUUCUAUACUACCCUCAGGCUACCUGGCUUCUGUUUACAGGCGUAAUUAUUCGAACAACUUUCCCUCUGGGGCAAAAAAACCACACAGAAUUGCAUCCACUGGAGCAGAGAUAGUCGGUGAAUCCGGCCAGCGAUACAUUAUCGAAAAGGUUCUUCAAAAGAAAGAAGUUCCCGGUACUUGCGUUUACCUUGCAAAAGAUGGGGAACAGAGAUUUAUACUAAAGAAUACCCAUGACUUCGGUUACUAUCGUGACAUUUAUCGCCGUCUUUCAACCUCACCCUGCCUUCGAUUAUUGCAUGAUACUGUGCCAAACCAGUCAAUUUUUAUCUAUGAAUACCUUAAGGAUGACCUGCUUACCUUUGCUAGAAAAGAUUUACCAAUAGUGACCACAAAGCGCAUUCUUCGAGAUGCUCUACGCGGGCUGGAAGCGCUACAUGAUCAGAACAUUGUUCACACUGAUAUCAAGGCAAAAAACAUCAUGAUUGACUGGGAGAAAGAAGCAGGAGAAACAGUCAUCCAUCGAGUUCAGCUUGCCGAUCUGGAGGAUAGUGCAAUUCUACCUCCCAACUGCAAUGUUCUUGGAAAAGCUGUGGGGAACUGGAUGUGGCGUAGUCCAGAAGCCCAUGCAGAAGCCCGGGUGAAUACAUCAUCCGAUAUUUUCUCUUUUGGGCUUGUUUGCAUAUGUGCAGUCUUCAAACAUGUCAUCCUUGCUGUAGACCCAAAGACUCUUCCAGAGGGCGUGGAAGCCCAAGCGAUUAUUCUACAGCGCCAACUCUCAUAUUUUGGGAACGAUGAGUCCGUCGCUGCGUUCUUAAAGCAUAUAGGUGAUGAGAAUCCUUGGGGCGCAGUUUUUAAUGUAUUGUGGAACGGGUGGGAUGAAACCACUCCUCGCGAGCCAUUUGCUCUAUGGAAAGGAGUUGAUCCUGUAUUUAAGGAUCUCAUUGCUGGGCUAACAGAUAUAGACCCUGGGAAGCGGCUCACUGCUAAUGCUGCUUUGUGCCACCCGUGGUUCCAGCUCGACGAGUAA